UUUACCGAGAAGAGCUCUAAGCACAAUCCAAUCCUAAGACAGAGGAGUUUGAAGUGGUGAAAACGGGAGAAGAAGAAGAUGAUGCUGAAUCUUACUGUUCAAAGUUUACGGGGUAGAACGGGAAUCAUGGUCAGGCAGAUGUCAUCAAUGGCCAACGGUACUGCCAAAGAGAAAGUGGACUGCCUCGUGAUCGGAGCGGGUUUGGUCGGAAUUGCAGUGGCCAGGGAGCUUUCUCUCAGAGGCAGAGAUGUUUUGGUGCUGGAUUCUGCUCCCACCUUCGGUACCGGAACCAGUUCUCGCAACAGUGAAGUCAUCCAUGCCGGCAUUUACUAUCCUCGCGAUUCUCUCAAGGCAAUUCUUUGCGUAAGAGGUAGAGAUUUACUCUACCGGUAUUGUUCCGAAUACCAGAUACCUCAUAAACAAAUUGGGAAGCUUAUAGUUGCUACUAGAACAUCAGAGCUUCCAAAAUUGAAUGAGUUAUUGAUUCGGGGAGUUCAGAAUGGGGUUGAAGGGUUGAGGAUGGUUGAUGGUAAUGAGGCAAUGAGAAUGGAACCUGAAUUACAGUGUGUAAAAGCCUUGCUCUCGCCUUUGUCUGGAAUUGUUGAUUCUCAUUCUUUGAUGUUAUCUUUAGUGGGGGAGGCUGAAAAUCAUGGGGCUAAAUUUUCCUAUAAUUCUGCUGUUAUUGGUGGUCAUGUCCAAGAAAAUCAAAUUCAUCUCCACAUAUCUGAUUCUAGAAAUCUUGAAAAUUUGAACGGGGUGCAUCUCCCAGUGCCAGAGCUCACGUUGGUCCCUAAACUUGUAGUGAAUUCCACAGGGUUAUCUGCGGUUCCCCUUGCAAGGAGAUUCAAUGGUCUACAUGGUGGAGUCAUUCCUCCCUCUUAUUAUGCCCGUGGAUGCUACUUUACUCUGUCAAAUGUGGGAGUCCCGCCAUUUCAACGUUUGAUUUAUCCUCUUCCAGAGGAUGGUGGAAUUGGUGUGCAUGUUACGUUGGAUUUGGAUGGUCAAGUCAAGUUUGGUCCUGAUGUUGAAUGGAUUGGUGAGGUCGAUCAAAUCUCAAGCUUCUUGAACAAGUUUGACUAUUCUGUGCGUGGUAGUCGUGCUGAGCGGUUUUAUGAGGAAAUAAGAAAGUACUACCCCAGUCUGAAGAAUGGAUCUCUACAAUCAGGAUAUGCAGGAAUUCGGCCAAAACUCUCAGGGCCCCGGCAAACUCCAGCUGACUUUGUUAUACAGAUUCUUCAAGUGUUUUUGGUCCUUGCAAGUGGUAUCAAUCUGGGGAGGUAGAGCAAUAUGACACAAAAACAAUUCGAGGAGAGACUUAAUGCGACGGAAGCAGACACUGGAGCCAUCAAGCAAGACAUACAGAGGAUAUCAACAUUUGAGAAAACAAUGGAGAAAAUGCACGUCAUGUUGUCUGCUAUGUAUGAGGACCAGCAACGACUACAAACAACCUAAAAAAUAACGGAGGUGAGUACGGGAAAGAGGGAGAUGCAAAUCGAGGACAAAGAUGAGGAAUGGAGAAGCUAGCGGAGGGGGAAUCAUCCCAACUCUGAGAAGGGGCAGCAGGGCAGGACCUGAUCAAGUUCAAGAAGUUGGAGAUGCUGGUGUUUAAUGGAGAUAACCUGGAUGGGUGGUUCUAUAGGGUGGAACACUAUUUUCAGUUGCAUUUUUUGAAUGAGAAGGAGAAGUUGCAGAUUGUGAUUGUGAGCCUUGAGGGGAGGGUUUUGAACUGGUUUCGAUGGGUGGAAAAUCAGAGGAGGUUUAGAUUGUGGAGGGAGUUGAAACAGAGGAUCUAAUGAAAGCAUAUGUGGGGGGAGACAACUGGUGAUAGGAAACAAAAAAAGAAACGGGGUAAUGGGAAGAUCAACAUGUUAGACCCCUAUCAUACACACCUACAAACGCAAGGGUAAAAAGGUGAUUGUUCAAGAAGGCAGCUCAGCCAAUCGAAUUAAAUGAAAGGAAUAAUUGGGUGUGGGGCCCUCCUAGGGAUAGAGGUAUUUAAGGAAUGUUUUUAGGGAUUGGUGAGGUAGGUUUUAUUUUUGUAAAAAGCUGCUGUGAGAGCUUUUAGGGAGAAAACCAGCUUCUCGAAUUGCUGGGGGUGUUAUUCUACUGUUUUCUUAUUGUUGCCUUACUAUAUUUACCUUCUCUGUUUGAACUAUCGUAGUGAACUGUUCUUGCUGGUUUAUAUCUAUAUACAAAGACCCACAGAAUAUCAUUUCUGUAUCUGUAUUGCAUUGAGUUUUUCUGAGUGCAGGGAAUUGUCUUAACACAUCACUUGGCCCCAGAUUGCUUGAUGAAGGAGGCAUUGAUUGAGGAUAUGAGUCUGAAGGUUGUGGUGGAGGUCGUCAGGAGUAGGCUCGAGAAAUCAAUGGGUAGUAAGGAGACGCAUCAGUGGAAGAGGAUGGUGUGGGAGAGGUAACCUCAUAUAUAAUAAGAUUGUCAUCCUCCCUUUGCCACGAACUCGAUGGUGAUGAAGUAAAUGGUGUAUCCUAAAAAAAUGCAACACCAGGCGAAACAAGAUACCUUUUAAGGGUAGGACAAUACCAAUCAUAUCCCUUUUGAACACACGAAUAACCGAAGAAGAUACACUUCAAGGAUUUGGGAUCUAACUUAGUAUGAUGAGGACGAAUGUCGCGAACAAAACAGACACAACCAAAUAUCUUAGGAGCAAUAAGAAACAAAUUCUUGGUAGGAAAAAAAACACGGUAGCAGUGUUUUAAAAAGCGCCCUAAGGCGCCCACUUAAGGCUUAUUUGUGAGGAAGCGCAGCGAAUUCUAAAAAGCCCAGAUUAGGCGCGCGCUUCCCUUGAGGCGCGCCUAGGAGCAAGUCGAAUUAGGUGUGGGCUUUUUGUAUAACGUACGGGGUGGGCUUUAAUUCUAAAAAACUAUUAUUAUCUAGGUUUUUUAAACCUAUUACAUGAAAGUGAAGAAACAACCCUUCUCCUCCCGCACGCGAAUUUUCUUCAACACGACUCUUCAUCUACUUUUUCGGUUCUUCCGUUCUGCUUCUACUUCAAAACUUUUUGCUUCCUUUUCCACCCUUCUGUUCUGGCCACCCUUCUUCACACAAAACGUCAACAAAUCGUUUUGGUGCUGCGGCUGCCAUUACUCUGUUUUUUGGUGCAAAAACAAAGGAAAAGAGAAGACAAUAAUAUUCUGUGCUUCAGUUUUCGCCUCCUCCAUUUCAGCUUUAUCACGGGUGAGUAUCUCAAUCAUACGUUGUAAACUUUUUGCCUCCUCUUGGAUUAGAUUUAAAUUCACAUCAAGUGAAUCUCUUUGUUCAGUUAACAUCUGCAUUGCUUUCUCCUUCUUCUGUAACUCUUUGACAAGAACAUCAAACUCCAUCAGCAUCCCACUUUCUUUCACCACAGCUUCUUCAAUUCUCAUUUGAAGCUCAGAAAUUCUCUUCCCGUUCUCUUCCUUUUCCUGUUUGAAACAGAAUGUACUCUGUUUUAAUUGAGCAACUUCCUUCUCUAACUUCUCAAAUUGCAACCUCCGUUUCCAGCCCAUUUUUUUCCUUUUCAAUCUCACAUUUCUCCUUCAUUUUCACAUCCACUUUCCUCUCUAAAUCUUCAAUUACCCUGCCUGAUUCCUCCAACAACUUCUUAAUCAAUUCAUUGUCUUUCGUCAAAUUCACAUUCAAAAUUUCACAAUUCUUUUUCUCACUCAACAACUUCUUCCAUUUCGUACAUACUUUUCAAAGAAUUAUUAGUUUUUAUCCUUUUACUUUCAUUUAACAUAUUGAUUGCUCAGAAUGGUGAAAAGAACAAAUAUGGAUAAAUGAACUUGAAAUGUUUUCUAUCUCUUGCAUCUUUUGGCUCUAUUGUCAUUUGCUCUAAUUUGGUUACAAUUCCAAUGAAACUCGAGAGGAAUGAGAUGAAAUAUAGCAGAGGAUUGAGAAAACUACAAUCAAGUUUUGACCAAAAGUCUAUACUUCAUGCUAAGCAUAGUGGACUAUUUUUAUAGAUGUCGAAUUCUGAGUAUCUCUCCUUUGUUGAUUUGACAUCUUGCAUUAAAUUUCAUACUCUACUGUGACACUUUGUUGUGUCACAGAUUCAUUUGGUUCUAGUGUGCAAGUUUUGGACAUCUUCUUCUUCUUAUACUUCUCGACUACAACUUCCUUCAAUAACCCAUCAAACUCAACCUUCAUCCCAUCCCUCUCACAACACACUCCCUUCCAGUCCUCCAUUUAUAACAGCUUCAUCCCAUCCAUAGAUAGCUUCUGUUUUUUUUUUUCUUUUUAUAACAGCUGCUGUUUUAAAUAGUUUCUGUUUUUUUUUUUCCGAUAACUUAGAUCAUAGAUGACUGAUUAAAGUUCGAGAAAAGAUCUGGCAUGGAAAUAUGGUCAAUUGCAAAAUGACCAAGAUAUAAAUACAUUUUUCUGUGGAUUUUGUUCAAAAGUAACAAAAGGAGGGGUAUGUAGAAUGAAACAACACCUCGUUGAUGGUUAUAGAAAUGUCACUGACUGUACAAAAUGUCCGAAUCACGUGAAGGAAGAAAUUAAAGUGUACAUGUCCAAGAAAAAAGAGAUUAAAGAACAAAGAAAUCUGAUUGUGGACAUUGAUGUAGAAGAUUACGGUAUCAAGGAUGAAGAUGAAGGGAAUGUUAGUGUAAAUUUGUUGAUUCACUGACAACGAAACUUUCUAAUUUUUGGAUGCAAGCGUAAUUGGAGUGUGUUUGAACAGGUUACCUUUCCUCUCCUUAAGUACAUUGAGAAUGAGAAUCAAAAUUUGUUGAUUCACUGACAAUGAAACUUUCUAAUUUUUCAGCUUCAUAGCAAGAAACGAAAUAGGCUUGCUCAAAGUCAUUUGAAUGAUCUAGUGUUCAUCAAAUACAACAAAGCAUUAAAACGUCGAUACAACCUACGAGAUAUUGUCGACCCCAUCUCCUUGAAAGAUAUUGAUGAUAGUAACAAAUGGUUGAUUGGAAGAUUGGAUGACGAUUUUGAGGAGGAUGAUGAGUUGGUAUUUAACGAUGAUUCUUUAACGUGGGGUGAUAUUUCUAGAGUGGCCGGAGCAAAAGAACCAUCAUUCUAUUCUAGAGCUAGUACCUCUAGAGCAAAGACUAUUAUUUCAUGUUCAUCCUCGUCUACCACGCAACGCAAACAAGUAAAUUUAGAUGACUUCAAUUUGAAAAGAAGAAGAUACUGAUGGCUAUAAGUCUAACGAAGGAGUGAAUGAAGACGAGGAUCAAUUUAGUGAUGAUGAGUUUAAUCUUUAGGGAUGAACUUUUAUUUUGAUUGUUGACUUGUUGAAUACUUGGUAGUUUUCUGUUGUGUUUUGUUGUUUAGGCUACUUAUAUUGGGUACUUAUAUUUUAUACAUUGUUGCUUUGCUAUGUGUGUGUGUAUAUAUAUAUUUUCUUUUCUUUUUAUAUAUAGUGCGCCUUAUGAAAAAAAACUCGCGACCUUUUUUGCGCCUUGCGC